AUGCGUGUUAGGAGGAAUUGCGUGGGCACCCUCACUCGCACACACACACACACACGCUGCCGCCUCGGAUUAGGGCAUUCGUGCACGAUUUUCGACGACAACGACGACGACGAUGGCCGUCGUCACCCCGCUCUGUGCCCCAGCCCCCUAAUAGCCAUUUUGAUUAGCACUCAUGGCGACCGCGAGACGAAGGAGGAGGAGGGCAAAAAGACCGACAAAAUGCGUAAACAUGCGCACGCCGGCAUGGCUCUCGCUCUCACUUGCCUCUUUUCAAGGUAUUUCGAGCCAAAUCUCCUGAGCCGAGAGUGCAUUAAUAUCUGGGAGCGGCAUUUUCUCAGAACAAUGAUACUGAUAUUUCAUCCAAACAAAAGAAAGUUAUCUUGUGAUAGUUUGAAAAAGUAUCCAAUUAUUAGUGGUCGGUCUUCAUUUCCGCUCUCGUCUGAGACUAAAUCCGACCCUGGACAAGCUGGGCGCCGUACUGUUCAAGCAGUGAUCUCGAAAAUCGUCUACUACUAUAACAAGAAAGGCGGAAUGCUCUACGCUCCGUCUACGCUUGAUCAACGACAAAAAAACCCUUCAAUUAUUCCAUAA